AUCAUUUUUUCUCACAAGGGCCAAACAAGAGUUUUGAUGAAUACUUACAUGCCUGUAUACUUAUAGAUAUACAGAAAAACUCGACAAGUCCUAAAUAAUCUUUCAUUCACCAUAAAAAAGGCCUAAUAAUUUCCUUGGAUCUGACAUGAUUUGGAGGACAGAUCCAGAUGACCAAAACAGCACAAGCAGCAUUACCGGAGCUACAAACAACAACUAUGAAGACAGAUGAUAGGAAAGAAUUGAAGGAGAAAGGAAAGAAUUUCCUAGCUGGAGGUAUUGCAGGCUGCUGUGCCAAGUCUUUAGUUGCUCCUCUGGACAGAAUCAAAAUCUUGCUUCAGGCUCACAACCAUCACUAUAAAGAUUUAGGUGUUUGGUCAACUUUAUUGAAAGUGAAAUUAAAGGAAAAUAUUUCUGGUCUAUACAAAGGAAAUGGUAUCCAUAUGAUCAGAGUCUUUCCGUAUGCAGGUGUACAGUUCAUGGCAUAUGAGAAAUCUAAAGAGAUAGUCAAAAUGUAUUUACAUAAUUAUCCACAAAUAGGGAAAUUCUUAGCAGGAUCUAUGGCAGGAAUAUCUGCUGUGUCGGUUACAUACCCACUGGAUAUAAUCAGGGCCAGAAUAGCUUUCCAAGUAACAGGGGAACAUCUGUAUAUUGGACUGACUGAUGCUGCUGGAUGUAUUGUAAAACAGGAUGGUAUAAUGGGUCUAUAUAGAGGCAUCACACCUACACUCAUGGGAAUGAUACCUUAUGCAGGUACAACAUUCUUCAGUUUUGAGACAUUAAAGGGAAUGUGUGUUGAGUAUUUCCCAGACUUAUUUGGUAAACCUUGUCCUCAGGAUACUGGUGGGAUUGUACUUACUAUUCCUGGUAAAAGUCUUUGUGGAGGAUUAGCUGGUCUGAUUGGUCAGACUGUAUCCUAUCCGUUUGAUGUUGUGAAGAGGAAAAUACAGCUGUCAGAAAUGUUGCCAGAAUCUCAUAAAUAUAAUGUUCGUUGGUACAGAAUCUUUUUUAUUGUGUACAAAGAACAUGGAAUCAGUAAAGGACUGUAUAGAGGAAUGUCUAUCAACUAUAUCAGGAUUAUACCUAUGCAAGCUACUGUUUUCACAGUAUAUGAACAGUUAAAGCAGUGGAUGGGGAUGGAUACCUGCAUCACCAGAUAAUGAUGGCUAAGUUUUAGCUCUUUAGAUUAGAAUUUUGCAUAAAUUUUGAUCAGGGAUCUUCAGUUUUGCUUAUGUUCUUGUUAUAUUGCUUUAAAAAAUGAAAUGAUUUCAACUUAUUUUUUUUUCAAUUUAGCAUAUGUAUAUAAUGUUAUAUGAAAAUCACACUUGAAACAGCUGAAUUAUUGUGUUUUGUUGUCAAGGAGAUAGUUCUCAGCAUUGUUUAUUCUAAUUUAUCUAUUUUACAUUAUUUUAUUUUAUUAAACAUAUUUUGGAGGAAGAUAUCCAGAUUUUAGAUAUUCCUUCACUGAUCAAAUCUAUUCAAAUUGUUGCUUGUGUUUAAUAAAUUGUAUGAAGUUUACCUGAAUCCUGCCUUAGUAAUUAGGACUUGAAUAGCCUUAAAAAUAUGGAUUUACUUUGUUAUGUGGUUUGUAUAGAAAUAAGGAAAUGUAGGUCAUUUGUGUUUACAUUUUUGUAAUCAAGAUUUUUUUCUGCUUUAAACACAUUUGAAAAUAAAGAUUUUUUAAAGGAAUAUGCAUUAUUAUACCCUUACUCCAAAGAUGCAACUAUGCAUCACAAUGGUAAUUGAUGAGUUGUAAGAUGUAGAAUUAUAAUUGGUUACAUACAUAACUAAUCUGGUACAUGGUUUCGGAGCGAUUAUGACAGUUUCACAUUGAAUUCUCAUUUCUAUACAUAUUUCCAUAUGUUGUACAGAGAGAUAUCACAAAAUUAUACAUAAAUUGCUGCACUUGAUUUAAAAAAUUGUUUUUCAAAAUUAGAAAUCUUUUUAUUUUGUGAAAAUUAUAUUGUUAUUUUUAUGCCCUUCAUAUGAUAGAAAGGGGACAUUGUAUUUUCCUAUCUGUGUGGUUGUCUUUCCCUUAGUCUGUUCUUCCUUUAGUCUGUGCUGUUUCAGGUUUAAUUUUUGGUUAUAUUAGUUUUAUGAAUUUAUGGUCACAUCAAUUUGAAAUUUUGUAUACAAGUUCAUUUUGAUGUGAAUUUUCAAAAAUUUAUACCAAAUUAUGGUUUUGACCCUGAAUUUGUGAGGGCUAUUCCGUUAAAAUGUAUGUGGGAGGGUAGGAAGGGACUUUCAAAAUAUCCCUACAACCAAGAACCAUUUUUUAGAUUAUUUUGCAUAAUGGUAAUAGACACAUACUGAAAAAAAGACCCAUGACCCACAUUCAAUAAUUAAACUUCCCUUCCUACCCUCCCUCAUACAUUUUAAUGGAAUAGACCUGAACAAAAAAAAAAAUGCGAUUGGGACCUGGGAAGGUGUCCUUUAGAGUACAAUGUCCUUUUAAAAAAUUUGUCAUAUUGAACCGUAGUCAUUGUGUUAACAGUUAAAGUUAACUGCCUUUAAAUCAUAUCCACUCCCAUUACCAUUUUCACUAAAUUUCAUAUUGUAAUUUCCCAUGACAAGCUUUCUACAACUGCACUGCACAUUGGUUUGAGUUUUAACCAUUGUCAUACCAUCAGGGAUAUUUAUAAGGUGUACUGCAUAUCAUCAUCUGUCACACACCAUGUUCAUGGCUUAUACAUUAUCUGUUCUAUGUUUACUAUGUUUGGGAUUUUUAAGGCCAAAUUUUUCAGCAAAUCUUUCAGGUUUGUGAUGUCAAUUGUCUGUUUCUUAAUGUUAUGCCUACCAUUUUUACUUUUAUUUUAACACAUACAUAUAUUUUCACAGAUUCUAAGGUAUUAGGUAUGUAGAAUCUCAAAUUCAAUGAUCACAAUACUUUUAAUUAUACUUUUGUUUGUAUCAUUUAUAACUAUUUUUCCAUAUUGAAUGUAAGGAAUAGGACAAGAGCUGUUUUUUUUUCUAUCUCCUGAAUUGAAAAAAAUGAAAAAAAAUAUUGAACUUCAAACUUUAUUGCUUAUUUUAAAAUGUAUGAUGUUUAAUAUCAUUGAUUGCCACAUAAAAUCUUAAUGAAAAAUUCUCAAAAUUCAUUUUGAUUUUUUUUUUAGAGUCUAUGGUGUCUCUUCAUGUGUGAAUACAUUUUAGUGUCGAUUUUAAUUGCUUUAAUUACAUGAAUUGUGUUAAAAUCCUUUUGAUGUACUCUUUUGACCUUAAACUUAAUAUUUCAUUCUAAACAUGUGACUAAUGUCAGGAUGAUAUUAAUAAUACUAGUGUGUAAGCUCAGUCAAUUAAGGGAAGAAAUUUAGUCAUGUUUGUAUUUAUAUAUGUAUAAUACUAGUAGAAAUGACCUAUCCUGGUACUAAUGAUAAAUAUUUUUAUUUAUUGACAAUAUUUUUAACGUCAUACUUUUUUUUAUAUGUCAUCAAUGACAAUAACUGAUAAUUUUUAAAAUAUUACUCAUGACAAAUGAUAAACUAGAAAUACAGCAUCAAACCCCUUAAGUGUUUUGUUUUGCACAUAUCUCAGUGUUUUUAUACAUUAUGUUAUUUGUUGAUGGCAGAUUUUUGGAGGUCACUUUUAAGUUUAUGCACAAUUUUUCUAGACAAAGAGGUAGACAAAUGGUAUAGAAUUGGUUGACCUCUAGAUUUCAUAUUUGGUUUUAUUAAUUCGAUACUAUCUCAAUGAUGUAUUUAAACAUAUCCAUUUCUUCUUCGUUUUUUUCAACACAAUGUAUUUUAAGUCCCCUACCGAUGAAGUCGAAGUGGACUUAGGUUUGCACUCCGUCCGUCUGUCUGUCUGUCUGUCUGUCUGUCUUUCUGUCUUUCUGUCCGGCAAAUCAGUUUUCCACACUUUUUUUCUUUAUGCUAAAAGAUAUUGUUUUGAAAUUUGAUAUAUAGUUUUAUCAUGACAAGUUACAGAUCAAGUUCAAAUUUUGUUCCGGUCUGAUGAUUUUGUGCAGAGUUAUGGUCCUUGGACUUAGAAAAUUCACUCAAAUAAUCAGUUUUCCACACUUUUUUUGUUAUGCUUGAAGAUAUUGAUUUAAUAAUUGGUAUAUAGUUUUAUCAUGCCAAGUUACAGAUCAAGUUCGAAUUUUAUUCUGGUCCGAUGGUUGUGUGCAGAGUUUUGGUCCUUGGACUUAGAAAAUUCACUUAAAUAAUCAGUUUUCCGCAUUUUUUUUGUGUUAUGCUUGAAGAUAUUGAUUUAAUAAUUGGUAUAUAGUUUUAUCAUCACAAGUUACAGAUCAAGUUCGAAUUUUGUUCCAGUCUGAUGAUUUUGUGCAGAGUUAUGGUCCUUGGACUUAGAAAAUUCACUCAAAUAAUCAGUUUUCCACAUUUUUUUUCGUCAUGCUUGAAGAUAUUGACUUGAUAUUUGUUAUAUAGUUUACACCAUGACAAGUUAUAGAUCAAGUUAGCAUUUUGUUCCGGUCUGAUGAUUUUGUGCAGAGUUAUGGUCCUUGGACUUAGAAAAUUCACUCAAAUAAUCAGUUUUCCACACUUUUUUUGUUAUGCUUGAAGAUAUUGAUUUAAUAAUUGGUAUAUAGUUUUAUCAUGCCAAGUUACAGAUCAAGUUCGAAUUUUAUUCUGGUCCGAUGGUUGUGUGCAGAGUUUUGGUCCUUGGACUUAGAAAAUUCACUCAAAUAAUCAGUUUUCCGCAUUUUUUUUGUGUUAUGCUUGAAGAUAUUGAUUUAAUAAUUGGUAUAUAGUUUUAUCAUCACAAGUUACAGAUCAAGUUCGAAUUUUGUUCCAGUCUGAUGAUUUUGUGCAGAGUUAUGGUCCUUGGACUUAGAAAAUUCACUCAAAUAAUCAGUUUUCCACAUUUUUUUUCGUCAUGCUUGAAGAUAUUGACUUGAUAUUUGUUAUAUAGUUUACACCAUGACAAGUUAUAGAUCAAGUUAGCAUUUUGUUCCUGUACAAUGAAUUCUUAACCUGUAGGGGACUAUAUAUCGACAUGCAAUACUCUCAGAAUGCUUGUGUUUUUUAGACAUAUCCAUUUCUCUUUUUUUUUUCAACACAAUGUAUUAUUUUUUAGACCUGAUAUUCUUAUUUAUUCUUUUUAUUUAUUAAUUUAUUGAUGCCAAUAUUUCAUGAAUUUAUUUAUUGGAUAAUUAUUAAAUUUGAGGGUUAAUAAUAAGUUGAGAUUGGUGCAAACAUGUGUGUCUGUGAUAUCUUAAAGAGAAGUAGUAAGUGACAAUGACAAAACUAGUCUUAAUGUUUUUUAUAAUCAUUGAACUGUCCAAUUAAUUUUAUGUUUAUAGUUGUUCAUUUUAAGAAUGAUGAGGUUUGAUUUGAGUAAUAUAAUUAAUUAUGAAAGUCUAUUUCAUACAAUGUAUUUAAACCACUUGUGACAUUGUCACAGAGAAUUUUGUGAAUACGGAUUUAGACUUAUUGUUUCAGAUCAAAGAUUAUUACAUGGUAGUUUUAAUUUGCUAUAGAGGAAGAAACUAUGGUUUCAUGAGAAAUAUAUUAAAUGCAAAUUCUCCUUGGAGAGAAAGAGCAGAAAACCUACAAAAAAUCGUUAUAUGCUAAUAACCAAAUAUUUAUAUCGGUGAUCGACUGUCACCCUAAAAUAGAGUCCAUUAGACUUCUAUUUCAAUUGCUGAAUUUUAUCUACUGACAUUGUUGUCAUUUUAUUGCAAUGAAAGUUACCAGUAAUGGACUUUUAUUAUCAAAAUAAUGUUUUUUUACUUGUGAUUACACAACAGAUUGAUUGGGGUAUCAAAUAUUGGAAAUUCCAACCUAGUUACAUCCCUUUGACAUAGAAAAUUUUAUGAACAUGAACAGUUUCUUAUCUUCUGUCAACUUCUUUUUUUUAUAGCUGAUAUUUUAUAUGAAAUUUUAUCAGGAGUAGUAACAGAUCAUUUUGUGAAUUAUGAAUACCUGUUAUGAUUGAUUUAUAAUUUUUCAGUGUGGUUAGGGAAAGUGUUAAGGUACUUUCCUUACGGAAUUUGUUUCUAUUGACCCUGAAUGGAAAAUAGAGUAGAAUUUUAUUAACAAGAAAAUACUUAACUCAGUCCUAGUUUAUAAGAAAUGUGUAUGUAACAGAUGCAUUUUUACCAUUCAUGGUAGUAUCCCAGUUUGCUAUAAAUAGGACCCGUCAAAAACACUGGAAUGCUUUAUAAAACAGGGUAAAACUUGGUUUGUGAAAAAAAUCAAUAUAAUAUUAUGUGAAAGCUACCAGUGUUGAAUAGAGUAUCUGCUCGUUAAAAAUCAUUUCUUAUACACCUGUAGCCUUUUAAAAGAUUUAAACUCUAUUGACAUCUUAAUAUAUAUGUAGAAUGUACGAUAUUGAGGGUUGAGUGUUCACAUACAUGUUUAACCCCACCACUUUCUUUAUCAUGUUUAUGUGCCUGUCCCAAGUCAGGAGCCUGUAGUUCAGUGGUGUCUUUGAUUCAUGUCUGUCAUAUUUGUUUUUUUGUGAUUUGUUUUAUAAUAAAUUAGGUCGUUAUUUUUCUCAAUUGAAUUGUUUCAUAUUUUUCAUGUUUGGGCCUUUUAUAGCCGACUAUACAGUAUGGGAUUUUCUCAUUGUUGAAGGCUGAACGAUUGCCUGUAAUUGCUUACAUCCACUUCAUUUGAACUUUAGUGGAUAGAUGUCUCAUUGGCAAUCGUGGUCACAUCUCCUUAUAUUUAUAUAUCAUGAGAUUCUAAAUUGUGCUGUGCACUUAAAAAGUGUGAGGUGACAGUUUAUAUAAAUCAAGGUAAAUGUUGUAGUGGGCAUUAAUUUGAUUUUUGUAUGUAAAAUGAUCACAGAAUAUAAGGAUAUUUCAUUGAAAAAAUUAUUUGAAAACUAAAGGAAUUAGAUUAAUUUGGAUGCUUUUGAUUAUACUUGUUAUAUACACACUUUGUGUGACUGAAUCACAUAAUGUUAAUUAAAUUCAUUUGGGAAAUUAACAUAAUUUAUAACCACAGAAUGUAAACCUGACUGGCACAAUAUGGACUGUUUGAAGUAUACACACGUAUAUGCAAAUUUAAAAAAAAGUUAUAUUUUAAGUUUAGCUUUGAUUGAUUUUCUAGUUUAAAUUUUCAAUCUUUUCACAAGUGAAAAAUAAAGAUGAAAUUGCAAUGUAAUUGUAAAAAUUGCUCUCUUUAUUAUGUGUUUAAGAAGGGUAAAUAGUUGGGUCAUUACUUAAUAAAUACAAUUUGGUAGAAAAUUUGGUGAUAUUUUAUAUAGAGAGGAAGCUUGUUGAUGAAUUGUUUAUAUUAUAGAGGAUUAUUAGUAUUGCCUACCCUAUAAUCCUUUUGUUUGGUUAGACACAAAAAUAUGAGAAAAUUUUUCAUGAAAAGGAGGAUUUUAAAUCUGCUUUACAUGAAACAUUUAAUAUGUGCUUACAUUUAUUUUUAAUGUUUAAAUAGCUGUUAAAAGAUAUUGUUGAAUAUGAUUGUAUAAAAUACAUGAUUUUUUAAAUUGUGAAUACUAAUUGCAUUAAAAAAUAAAUUAUUGUCAUAAAGUAA